ACCCUUCCCAUUAAACUCCUUCACCUUCACCUUCACAGCUAUAUCAAUACCAGCCACCAGACCUCCUUAUUCACGCACUCAAACAAGCUGAUCGGGAUCCCAUUAAGUAGAAUGUUGAUGGGCAAUCUCAAGUUCUGUUGUUACAGCAUGGCGGUUGUUAUGGCCAUGGGGAUGGUGCUCUUUGGUGCUGCAGUUGGCCAAUUUGCACAAGGUGGGGAUGGGGGGAGAAGGGCGGAGAUGGUACCCGCCAUGUUCGUUUUUGGCGACUCUCUCAUUGACAAUGGAAAUAACAACAAUCUUCCUUCUUUCGCCAAAGCCAACUAUUUCCCCUACGGCAUCGAUUUCAAUGGGGGCCCAACUGGCCGCUUCUCCAAUGGCUACACCAUGGUCGAUGAAAUAGCGGAGCUGCUAGGACUCCCAUUAGUUCCCGCCUUCUCUGAAGCUUCGGGAGCCCAGUCCCUGCACGGAGUCAACUAUGCAUCCGCUGCCGCAGGCAUUCUUGAUGUUACGGGAAGGAACUUUGUGGGCCGCAUACCCUUCAAUCAACAGAUCAGGAACUUUGAGAACACGCUCGAUCAGGUUAGUAACAAUCUAGGGGCGGCCAACGUGGAACAGUCCAUCGAACAGUGCAUAUUCUUUGUGGGAAUGGGGAGCAACGACUACCUUAACAACUAUCUCAUGCCCAAUUACCCCACCCGGAAUCAGUAUAAUGGUCAGCAGUACGCGGAUCUGUUGGUGAACCAGUACUCGCAGCAGCUCACUAGGCUUUACAAUCUGGGAGGCAGAAGGUUUGUGAUUGCAGGGUUGGGGCUCAUGGGGUGCAUUCCAAGCAUCUUGGCACAGAGCGCCACGGGAAGCUGCUCGGAAGAAGUGAACCAACUUGUUCGACCUUUCAAUGUCAACGUGAAGGCGAUGAUAAACCAGCUGAAUACCAACCUUCCAGGGGCAAGAUUUACUUACAUUGACAUAGAAAGCAUGUUCCAGGACCUGCUUGUCAACUCUAGAUUCUAUGGGUUGAGCGUGGUGAACAGGGGAUGCUGUGGAAUUGGCAGGAACAGAGGCCAAAUCACGUGCCUCCCCUUCCAAACCCCCUGUCCAAAUCGAGAUCAGUACAUCUUUUGGGAUGCCUUCCAUCCCACCGAAGCAGUUAACAUUCUCAUGGCCAGGAGGGCCUUUAAUGGCGACCAAUCCGUUAUUUAUCCUUUCAAUCUCCAGCAGCUCGCUACUCUCUGACCCAACCCAUCUACCUUUUUAACCCUCAACGCCAUUGAUGAUGCAUGGCACAAUUUUCUUGAAGAAAUUGCAUCACUUUGUAGUUUCCUACAAUGAUUGUCAUGUAAUGUCUUCUUAUAACAGGCAAUGCAAGAGUACAUUUACUAGUUUCG